AUGACGGCGCAAAUACCCUCUACAACACCCUACGCCUUCCCGCAUACGCCGUCUUUGCGCCCCAGUACCACGGCCCUCGUCAUCAUCGACAUGCAGCGCGACUUUCUCUACCCAGGCGGCUACCUCUCCGCCUCGGGCUACUCGACCAGCCGCUUUGCAGCGCUAAUCCCGCGCCUCGCCUCGCUCCUCUCCACCUUCCGCCGCGCAGGCUUCCACGUGGUGCACACGCGCGAAGGCCACGAUGCGAACCUGGCAACGCUAAGUAGCAGGGAGGCACACCGGAGCGCGGUCAAUGGCGCCGGGAUAGGGAGUCGAGGGCCGCUGGGACGGCUGCUGGUGAGGGGCGAGGAGGGACAUGGGAUUGUCGACGAGUUGGCGGCGCGCGAGGGGGAGCUGGUCAUCGACAAGCCUGGCAGGGGGGCGUUUGCGCAUACAGAGUUGGAUCUGGGGCUGAGGGCGAGGGGAGUCAAGAAUCUGGUCGUGUGUGGCGUGACGGCCGAUGCGUGUGUGAGCAGUACGGUGAGAGAAGCGAGCGAUAGGGGCUAUGAUGUUCUGGUUGUUGAAGACGGUGUUGAGAGCGUCAGUGACGAGUUGAAGAAGUGGAGCCUGGAGAGCAUCAGGAUAGAGGGCGGCUUGUUUGGGGUGACGGGGACGUGUGAGGCGGUUGAAGAAGCCGUGCGGAGUUGGAUAGACACAGGCGGCGAGUAG